AGGCCCCUGAAGUCAGGGAGGGAAAGGGCUGUCCCUGGCCUGACGCCUGGUGCUGGGGCCAGAGUGAGGCCCAUUGUUUGAGGCUGGAGCUGGGGGGGCCGGGGCCCGGGGGCCUCCAGGAAGCCCCCAGAAGUGGCCUCUGUCCCACUUCCCACAGAUCCAGAGCCUGAGCAAGGAGGCAAGCGCACAACCCCGGCGGCCCCGGCAGGAUGACGAUGCUCACGACCCUCCUGGUGGCCCUGCUGCUCUGCCAGCAGCCAGGCAGAGGGCGGGCGCAGGACGAGGAGGACGACGACGCGGACUUCGGGCUGGACGGCUAUGACGACGAAGACGACGAGAACGACGACGACGACGACGAGGAAGCCAGUGUGACGGCAGGCGGCAGGCGCGGAGCCUCGCUGCAGUGUUACUCCUGCCAGGCCCUGCACGGCGGGGAGAGCUGUGACCAGGUUCAAAGCUGCGUCCACGGCCACAGCUUCUGCAAAGCCCUCGUCUCCCACGGGAACACCGGUGAGNNNCCUCUGACCACCUACUCAGCGUGGUGUGUAGACACGUGUCAGCCCUUCACCAGGACAGUGGCGGGGACCCUGAUGACCCUGACCUGCUGUCAGUCCACCCUCUGCAACUUCCCACCCUGGCAGGACCCACGGGGCAGCGGGGCGGGCAGCCCCCAGAGCAGCCCCACAAUGGUGGCCACUCUCCUGCUCAGCCUCCUCCCUGGCCUCCAAGCCGUGGGGUCCUGAGUGGGUGCCCGCCCAGCCCAGCCUGGCUCACACCCUGGGUGGCCAGCCCUCUUACCCACUUACUCACCUGUCCCCCCGCCCCGGCUUUGGAGAAUAAACGUGGAGCGCCUCCAGUGGCCCAGCCA